AUGGCAACGGGCUGGUGGCUAAUUGGACCCUGCAUCAAAUUGUUCUCUUUCAAGAUCUGUGCUUUGGAUCCAGAAAUUUGCUCAAGAAGGUACCUCUUUGUGACUGAUGAUCAUCUAGGACUUUGGACGAGGCCCGGGAAUGGAUUUAUUUGUAUUCCGACGCAAGGUACGCAGCCCCGAUUAGGUAAUAUGCAGGCACAAGGCCCGAUUAUCGUAAGACAUCAAGCAUGGGGUUCCAAGCCCCACCGAAGAACAUAUACACGGCCAGCCCGUCCACAGCGACGGGAAAAUAUACGGCAAGAAGACAGAAACGCAACUUUAGGACCAACGGAAGCGGCUCGGGCUUCAGAACCACAUAACCCCUACCACAAGGCUGAUCACAAUUGCCAUACAGCUCCCGCGCAUGUGCUCUGGGCGUUGCUCGAGCCCUGUGGAAUACUCGGCGCCGGAUGUGGUCUGGUUGGGUGCCUGAGUAGGUAUGGCAUGCGCCACUGGGCGGAAAGUUGGCGAGCAGGCAGGCUUGACGGCGUGAUUGUCAUCCAGCACAGUUCGUUUCGGUACCAACUGUUGUCCGGCACGGGUUCCUUUCCAGCUGCCGACACUGUCGACACAUUGCGUAGAGUCGACAUCGGACAGGCCGGGACCACUUCGGGCGCAUCGCGGGUCGGGAAAUCGUCCAGUCGUUUCGUCAGGAAGGUCUUGAAUGCGCGAACGCCACGAGAAAAGGGCGAAGACUCGGUGGGAUAUGAAUUGGCUUCGGGAUCAACGGUGGGAGCAGCUUCGAGCGUACUUCGAGGAGGCGUGUCCAGCACAGCACUCCGCGGCCGGGAGAGAGGGUCCAAGGGACAAGACCCAUCGAUCAGGGUCCACGAUCUACACGGGGCCCCAGGGGACCGUAACCUCGAUCGGAUAUCGGUUGAGGCAUCUUUGACACGGGGAAGAUCUGCGAAGAAACAUGAUGUCAGGUUCGAGAUUCCAACGUCCGGGGUGCAGUGCAGCUCCGCAAGGGGGAGGGGCGCGACGCGGGUGCGGGUAAAAAAAAAAAAUUGGCAAAAAAAAAAAAAAGAAAGGAGGAAUUCCAUUGACUUGAUAAUAGGGAGGCGAGGUGAGCAGGAGGUAGCGGGUCGUGGCUAG